GUGUGCCUUGUGUGCAGUGUCCAGUUUGGCUGGCCUUCAAGCUAAACAGGUUCUCCCGUGGAACAUAUCAAUCCGUGACCCACUAACGACUUGCCGGCCAUCCUAGAGCAAAGAAAGUGUCGCACCAUAAAUUAUUAGCUAAUAGGCAAAGCGGCUAUGUAACCGGUUGUCCAGUGAUUAUGCACUCGCAAAAGGUGUCCUUCAGAUGUGAAGAUAUUUUUAAAGCAGAAUGUAUAGUGAUACAUUUCGCAACAAGUUUGUUCCAAAUACUUGCUGUUAACUGAGAUGCAAUCAUCAACUAACUAGCUGACUAAACUGAAAAGCAUAUACGUGAAAUCCAAUGAAAGAUAUUCAUUGUCUUAACAACAGAAAGUUUUCCCCAAUUAAAAAAAGGAAAUUUAUUUUCUUUCAGCACUCGGUGUGCGACAGAGGAACCCAAAAGCUUGCGUCUGCGGUGAUCACGAGUCUUCCGGUUUCGCCAGCUGCUCCAUUGCAUAAUCGCCAGAGAUGCCAUCGCUGCUGCACCUGCUGCUCCUGGCGCUGUUUUUGGUGGCCAUGCCGACGCAGGGUCGCAAGAUCAAACGGAAGGAGCCACACUAUCACCAUCACGUCAAUGUGCCGCCGCCACCACCGCCGCCAUCUCCCCAUGGACCGGGUCCAGUGCCCCAGCAAACGGCGGUGAUCGAGCACGAGGUGCCGUCGUACACCUACGAGGCGAUUAACCACGACGAAUUCGAGCCGGCCAAGGUGAAGCUCUCCCACUUCGAUGGCUCCUCCGAUUACAUAGUGCACUCCCACAGCGGAGGCGGUGGAGGAGGAGGCGGUGGCUACCUGGCCGACAAUGGACUGCGCAGCAUAGCGAAGGGUUCAGCGGAUCAGGCCCUCUCCGCAGUGGCCAGCCAAAAUGCGGCGGGCAAACAGGCAUCCUAUGUGGCCAAAAGUACUCUGGCUCAGGCGGCAGCUCAGGCAGCCGGCACAGCUGUGGCUGUGCUCAAGGGCAAGGAGGUGCUGCUCCAUCGGCUGGAGGAUCAGAGCGUGGAGGCCCACAAGGCCAUGGAGAACGAGCUGACCCAGCUGCAGCAGGCCAAGCGAUCCGCCAAAGCAGCCCAAUAUGCCGCCCAGCAGGCCAUCAACCAUGUCAGUGUCCUGACUGCCGCACUUAACAAUGCCCAAUCCGCCUCGGAGUUGGCACAAAAGGCAGCAUCCGAGGCGGCGGCCGAGCUGGCCUCCCAAAUUGAUAUGGUGGCCCAGGCCAAGACCAAGCUGGAGCACGCCGAAUCGCAGGCUUAUGCAGCUCGACUGGACUACGAGGAAACGCGCGAUGCGGCGGAGAAGGCCACCUUGUCCGCCCAGGAGGCGCACUUGAAUGCCAAUGACGCCGCCUUGCAUGCCAACGUGGAGCUCGCGGAGAAUGUGCACAUCCACGACAAGAGCGAUCGGAAUGUUCGCGAGCCGCCGCGAAACCACAGACUUCAAUAGUGCACUGCCACAAUCUAGGCUCUUAAUUCUUAUUUAUUUGUUUUCCUCAUUUAAUGUUUGUUUUGCUGCAGCGAUACAAUAAAGUUUUGUUGACAUUAA